AUGGGCAAGUUACACGUGAACGUAUGACGCGUGCGCGUGCGCGUGUGUGUGUUUGUGUGUGUGUGUGCAAACAGCGCGAAAAGUCGGAGGAAAAGUUAGUUGCGGUGAUACCGGGUCUGGUGAGGACACACGGCGCGGCAAAGGGCUGUGCCUGCCAGCCUGCCUGGCUCGCCAAUGGCUCGCGCUGGCUUGUCCUGGCUACUGGCCUAAAAUAGUAACACGCCAGUGCUGGCAGGCUGGGGAGGGGCAGCGAGGGGCUGGGUGGGAAGACACUAUCGACUCUUUUAAUACCGCGGUGCGUGUCAGUCAAGUGAAGAAACGAGAGUUUUGAUGAAUAAAAACAAAGGCUGCACUAAGGAAAACACGCCCCCUGUCCUCCCCCUCCCCCUGCACCUUCGCCAGUGACCAGACAGCGUAGGUCGCGUGUAAAGUGGUGCGUGUGUGCGUGAGCCUGACAAGCCAACUGUUACACACGCAAUCGUGAGCUAAUGUCCAUAACCUUACACAACCUUUCACCCCUCGAUGAAAUGGACUGGGCCGGUCCGCGGGGUCACUUGACUGCAGCACACACUACGGGCCACCACGCAUCAGUUGACCGCAGCCUGUCGGGGCGUGCUGACGGUGUAACACCAUUGGUCUUCGUGUGUACACCAGGAUUACACAUAACCUGUCCAGCGACCGUUGCCACUUCAAGAACGGUGCCGUCGCCUUUAUGGACUGAUCAACCCUUCACCCCUACAGACCAAAUUGUCUUUUGCCGACCGUUUCUCGAGCCGUCAGCCUGUACCUACGGUUGUGUCCGGAAAAAAAAAACAACCCACAACUCGAGCUUACUCUACGCUGGAAGAGUCCGUCGCGCAUGUUUCAGUCCCGUUGUAUUUACUUUAACGUGCCGUCGUCUGCAAGUGACCGGUGUGUAUCGCGCACGCCUGUAAGUGCUUCGGAACAAGCACGCUUCGACUAAACGCUUGCGUUGGCAGGCAUCGGUGGAACCGCCGCCUUGUGGCAGGAGUAAAAAAAGUUCACUUCGGUGUUGGCUGUUAAGUGGGCGAGAGCGUCAGAAUGAGAUGACCUUAAUUGACCCCAACUUUGGUGUCCACGAAGAACGGAGUGAAAACAUCAGAUACGGAGGAAUACAGCAGGUGCUGCCCAAAUCUUUCCCAUAAUUCAGCAUCGCCGCCAUCUUUGUUAUUAUUCUUUGUCCAGAUGUAAUCCCGACAAGAUCACGAUUUAAUGAGGAGACCGGCACCAUGUCAUCACGCCGAAAACAAGGCAGACCUCAACAGAGGAAGACUGUGGACUCAUUGGAGCAGGAGAACGAUCUGCUGGUGUGCGGCGACUGCCAGACGUCCUUCCCGCUGCACGACAUCGUGCAGUUCAUCAAGCACAAGAACCAUGCAUGCAACAAGGAGAAUGCCGAGCAGACCAGCUGCGCCUCGCCCCGCGAUGACCCUUCGGCGGACGACGGCGACGGGCCUACGGAUCUUUCCACCCCGGGGGCGGGGAAGUGCCUGGGGGGUUACUCCAACUCCAGAAAGGAACUGGGCGACGGUUGGUCUGUAGACCUCGGCACACCCAGCGGUCGUGAGGCCGCCUCCUCGGGCUUCUCAUGCGACAUCAAGGAGCGAGUACCGCUCAGGCUCAAGCAAGUGGUCGACGCUGAGGCCAACACCACUCACUCAGAACCGUCCAAGUUCGUGUGCGACACGUGCCGUCAGACUGUAACGUCAGCAUGGGCCUUGCUUCAGCACGCGCAAAAGGAGCACGGCAUGAAGAUCUACAACAUCGGCGCCAGUGUUCCCACCCGCCACUGUCCCUCAGCCACGGGCUCGUCCCCCAGCCAGCCCACUCGCAUGCUCACUCUCACCUCCCUCCUCCACCCGUCCACACACCCGAACUGGCUACCCCGUCUCCCCGUCCCACCGUGGAUCACCGCACUCCCCCGUCAUCAGCCGGGAGUGGACCGAUCCCCCUUCCCAGGAGGACACACGGUGAACCCUUUCACACCCUUUCGUAUGCCGGUGGAAAUGCGGCUGCCACACAGCUCCUUCAACCGCCAGGCUGCCCUGGAGAUACCCAUGGAUCUUUUGGAUCACUACCGUAUGCGACAGCACCUAGUCUCCUCUGCCAUAGACGCCCCGUUCUCUCACCCCUAUGACCGCAACCGCCCCAUGUCGACAUUGGAGAGUCAGAUCUAUUCGCAGCGGCUGAAACAACUGGCCAACCCCAGCCUGCCACCAGGCAUCAUCUCACCCGUCUCAGGCGUGCCUUUCCCGCAGUCCGGGAUGCAUCUCAUACUGUCUGGGGAACGCAGUUCCAGGGGCGGACGGGACAGCGUGGGGAGUGGCCGCGACAGCUCAGGGGGCGCCGAUCACGACCGAGACCGGGAGGACAGAGGCGGACGACCUCCGUCAUCCGAGUCAGCGCCUGCUGGCUCGACGCCAUCCUCGGCCCUGCCCACGCUGCCCAACAAGCUCAAGUCUUGCGAGUUCUGCGGCAAGAUGUUCCGCUUCCAGAGCAACCUGAUUGUGCACCGGCGCUCACACACUGGCGAAAAGCCUUUCAAGUGCCCGGUGUGCCCGCACGCUUGCACGCAGCAGAGCAAACUAAAGCGGCACAUGAAGACUCAUUCUGCGCGCUCCCUGGCAUCCGCGCGGCAGCAGCACCUGGGCUCAAACCCCGGCUCUUCCGACGGUAGCGUGCGCUCCACCAGCAGCACUCCUGACUCCACUCGUCACAAGAAUGAUGACACCUUCGGCCUCGAGGACGAGGACGACGACAUCGAAGAUGAGGAGGACGGCGAGGAGGAUGAGGAGGACAUGGAGGAGGACUUCACGGACGGGGAGCUAGACAGCGCGCAGGAGGGAGAGAGUAGCGACGGUUUCCAUGGGUUAAAGGGGGAUGGAGGGCGCGGGAGUGAAAAGGACCAUCACGGAGGGCUCGACAGCGAUGCGGGGACCCCCGGUCUGGAUACUACCCAGCGCUGUCCAUCCGCUAGCCUGGUCAGCGAGGUCAUGAAGAACACGGGCCUCAACAGCAUCCAGCCAUACAACGAAGCUUUCCAGGCAGCGCUGGCUGAGAAGUUCAGCAAAGAAGGCCUGAAGGACGUCGGCCUUCGCCACUCUAAGGAAAACGGCGAAGGGGAUGGAGAGGACGAAAGAGAUCGGUCAAAGUUGGACCGCUCGCCAUCAUCACGCGGUGGCGGCUCCUCGUCCGCGCGCGACUCUCUUUUUUUGGGCGGCACAAGCUUACUAGACGACAAGCCCAUCAAGCGCGAGCCUGGAGACGCCGCCAGCCCGCUGGAGGUCAGCUCAGCCGCCUCGCUGUACGGCCGCUUACCCGUCUGGCUUCGCCACGACGGCCCGUCCCUUCGCGCACACCCGUUUUUCCCUGGCUUUCCCCCGACCUUCGCCCUGCAGCCUGACUUCCCUCGCGACAGUCACAACGGCUACAGCCCCGGCAGCAGCGCAGCGGUCCUCGCCAGCGACAGUGCCUUAAAGGUGCCGCCCUCCGGUCUCGCGGGGCUGAGCGGCUUGUCCAAGUCUGAUGGUGGCGGUAGCGGCGGAGGUGGCGCGUCUUCCCUGCUGGCCGGCAGCAACGGCAGCUCCACGGUGCUGCCGCGCAAGGACAAGCGCAACGACACUUGCGAGUUCUGCGGUAAGGUGUUCAAGAACUGCAGCAACCUCACGGUGCACCGCCGCUCGCACACGGGCGAGAAGCCGUAUAAGUGCUCCUUGUGCAAUUACGCAUGCGCACAGUCCUCCAAGCUGACGCGCCACAUGAAGACGCACGGGCGCAUCGGCAAGGACGUGCUGAAAUGCAAGUUCUGUAACAUGCCCUUCUCCGUGCCCAGCACGCUGGAGAAGCACAUGCGCAAGUGCGUGGAGAGCCGCAACGCCCGCAUCAUGGCUGCCGCCGAGCAGGAGAACUCCGACAACAGCACGUCGGCGUCCAACAUGGCCAAUCGCUCCACCCCGCGACCCUCCAGCCCCGAGGAAGCCGCCGUUGACAGCGAGUUGGACAACGCACGGCGGCGCAACCUCAAGGCCGAGCCCUCGUGGUCGUACUGAACACCUGACACACUCAUACGUCACGUGCCUCGCCCCGUGUCGCUACGUCACUUUGUGGAUGACGUCAUUGCAGGAUGACGUCUACACUCCACGUAAGGACGUCAUGACAGUGUUCUUUGCGAGUUUGCAAGAGGGAGGGGCCUCGAAUGAUUGACGGCUGUGCGACAACCAGCCUUCCUCUCGAGCUGUUCGGGUGGACUUGCUUCUCUUCCAGGAGGGCGUCUGAAUAUUUUUUUUAAAGCUUACAGGUCCUGUCAGGAGGCCAUGUAUGUGAUGAUGACGGAAUUAACUGCAUGAUUUGUUUAAGACGUGUUUCUUAUCGGGGAGGUCGUCUGCUCUCCAGUGAUGCUGGAAGUGCCAUGCAUUUUGUGGCGCCAACCAAACGGUCAGAGUAUAAACCCUUGUAGCAAACAAACCUGGUUGUGGAUGUAAAGUCAUCUUUUUGUAUAGACUGUGCGUGCGCGUGAAUGCACUUGACAAAUGCUUGUAUGUGCGCGUGUGUGUGUAUGCGUGCUUGUUGUAUUACAUUGUCUUUGAAAACAAGACUUCUUACACUCAUGAUGUUUUCAUAAAGAGGAAGUUUUUCCCCAACAGAAUACGAGACACGGUAACAGAAAAUAAGGAUUGUGGACGGGUAAGAGAGAUGGGAUUUCAAAAAAGCAUAAUUACACCUUUAGGCCAAUUGCCUGAAAACAUGAUCAUGGGAAUGGGAGGGAGGCCUGGAGACCGAACAUGUCUCACCCGUGAGAAACGCGCUACACGUGGAGAUAUUGGUUCAAGGAGCAGCUGUGAGAACUGUGCGCUGUCGUUAACAAACCAAGAAAAUCAGGGCGGACAUAGUUGGACACCUCAACCCAACGACUUAACUGCCUUCCAGAACUUUUUUAAACUUUUUUAAAAUACCUCGAACUCUAGCCUCGUGCGCGCGUCCUUCAUCAUGGCGGUUUGACUUGCAGGACACGGGGGGGUGUCAGAAGACAGCAAGCACGCAGGAGGCUGGGGCGGGGCAUGGGGGUCUAGAUGGUGUUUUUCUCGUACGUUUUGCUGUUGCAAGCAGUACUUGCUCAUUCAUUGUAACCUUUCGACCCCUGCGCGCGUGUCCUCGAUUUGAUCACACACGCCAUAUUAGCAGGUAGGUGGCGCCAUCGUCGACGUCACAUGACUCAGCAACGAAAUUGGACUUUUGUUUAAGCGUGAGUGACGCAUGCUUACAACUGCAGUUAGAAUUUUAGUGGGUUUCGCUCUUCGAUGACCACAACACAUCAAGCAGUAGACUGAACUGAUUAUAGACUGACAGCCUGAUGUGGAGCGACAGUGGUGGCAAGAGGAGUGAACUCUGGCAAAAACAAAAAUCAGCCCUUGUUGAUAAGUUGUAUGAGAUUCUUCCAGUAUGUGUGUAUUUGUAUUUUUGUUUUUUUUUUAAACAGAGGAUCUGUGUUAACUUUCUGUUCAUAUAACUUGCCCAUGUGUACUUUUGUAAAUGAUGUACAACUCGUGUUUCUUGUGUGUUUGUGCGAGAGAGAGGGAACGUGUUUGUGGGCGCUUGCAGCCCCACUGAUAAUACUCAGAUCAUCGCAGGUUUUUAUGACUAUACCGUAUCCUCACUUCAAAGUACGUGUUGGGUGUUGGAGUUGACCCCUCUCCCCCGAUCUUUCUGCGUUCUGUUGUUGUGCAGUUUUUUGGACAGCGUCAUCGAUCUUAGUGUCUAGUAGUCGUCGACUUUCUCAUGCCCAGGCUGUUUAUUAUUGCUGUUUAUUAUUCUGUUGUCUUCUGUUUGGCGGUUAAAACGAUAUACUUUAUCGGUAUUAUAUACAUAAUACAAUUUGCAUGUUAUCCAGGUACAUGAAUUCUGAGAUGGUUGUUUUGAUUGUAGAAGAAACAUCGCCUUUCUUGUUUUUUUUUACUUUGUAUUUGUAGACAAUAUGAUUGUUUAGUUGCAAUUUCAGGUGAAUGCUUGAUUUCACAAAGAGAUAUGCAGGGAAAGAUGACAAUGGGAGGGAACAGAAUCUAACCAGACAAAAAACCGGUGACGUGGAUAGACAGACAGACCGACAGACAGCUCACAACAGGGUCACGUGUUGCUCAUGGGAGAAAACAAAACAGAAACCCUGGAAUACGAGUAGGAUAACACCACCUGCUCGGUAGCAGAAUUAUUUUAUGCCAGAAACGUAUAAAUCUGUUAAAAGCUGUUACUAAAAGAAAAAAGUUUAGUUCGCAUCGCUUUCUUUUUUGGCGUUCAUUUCCAUUAUAUAUACAAAAUGCCUUUUGUACUGUCGUGUAACUGGAAAUACUUUUGUUGACAUUUUGAAAUGGUUAUCACUUUGUGCUUUGCAUUUUUUUAAUUUAGCAAGGAGGGCAUAUUAUAAGUAAGACUACAACUUGAAGGUUCGGGUGAUGACGGAACAAUAUUGUUCUUUGAAGUAAGCGGGACUGUUGAGCGUGUGGUUUUUUUUUUCUGUUGGUUUUUUUAACAGUUUAGGUGUAACGUUUGCACUGUCACAUGUUGUCCUCGCCAUCACAGGAGAAAAAAAAAUCACCUUUAAAGUUUUAUACAUACCCGUGUUUUUAAUCAACAUAGUGCCAUGGAAAUAAAUAAAUUUGUAAGUACUACUAAAGCAGGUUCAGAAGAAAAGACAACACAGACACUGCGUCUUUACCCUUACGUUUGGUGCUCACUUGGGAGUAAAACAACACACAACAUAGAAUUCGGCUUGUGUUGAAUAAAUUUUCUAGUGCCAUAGUGCCUAACAAGUUUUGUUACUGUUGUAAAAUAAAAUAUAAGAGCAAGACAUUUUUAUAUGAGAUUUCAUGUUAAAAUGUAUUUUUCACUUCCCUCCCCCCUACUCUUGUCUUUGUCAACCGAAUGUGUUCGCGCAUGUGUGCAUGUGUUUGUGUGUGUGAGAGAGAGAGAGCAUCAUUAGGUUUUUUUAAUCGCUCUGCCUUCGAUUUGUAAUUUGAGUUUGAAGUUUAGCUUGUAAUCUGUUCAAGCCAUUGCAUAAUUAGAGGGGUUGCCGCAAAUCUGCUCCCUUAAAGACCGUUUAAGUUGAGGUCAGAUCGAAGCCGAUGCAAACUCUUCCAAACAAGACGAGUUUUUACCCAGCAAUUAUUUUUUAAUCUUCAGCCUUUUAAAACAUAUUCUGAUCUAUUUAAUCAUUUUUCUUUUUAGCAUUUUCUCACUGAUACGCAGACUGCAUGGUCGGAAGGGUUAAAUAGGGCAGGAUGUUCCUUUCUUGGGACGUUUUCGUGAAAGUUUCACAGCAGUUAGUACUCGGGACCUCGCCACAGAACCUAAACACAGAGAACCUUAGCAGCCUCCGCGUUGGUCACCAAUUUUAGUCGUUGGCGAGGCUCACUUGAUGCAAGAUUCCUCCUUAAUUCCGUGUAGACAUCAGUGACCAUAGGUGUUGCAAAGUUGAAGCAGUUGGAAGACGAGUUCGUGCAGUCAGUGUCACGUGCCUGACCCUGUAGGAGUCCUCACUUCACCACGUGCUACGCACGCGCCUCCUGGAAGUGGACAUCCAGCGUUUGGCCGGCGUUUUGAGGCACGUUGGAAUCGCGAGGUUAGAGGUUAUGUCGUAUUUUUGAAUAUGUUACUUAGUGUCCUUCAAAAGUUGAGUCUUCAAAGAGUUAUCUCUAGCCCCUGCUUUCCCGACACCACCUGUAAUUUUGAGGUUUCUGCUGGGAUUAACUUUUGUCUUUGCAUCCCAUGACUUGAAUAUUUGUGUACGAUCGUCGUGGCCCUUAGCAGUGUGUUAGAACUCUGGAUCCAGUUGGCAACCCGCACACAAUUCUUCGUCUCAGGCAGCAACUCCGCCAAACAGCUUCAACCUUUAGUCCCGUCUCAUCGCUGGCAGUCCAUCAGCAGUCGUCGACAACAGUCUGUGUGUCGAGCGGAGAGAACUGUUGGCGUGCUGGAGCAGACUCUGUUUUGCUGACGAGUAAAGCCAGUUUCUUUCUGUCCUGCUGUGUCAAAACUUCACCUGAACGGUUUAAUCUACCGGACUUUUCCUUCCAUCGCUUUCUUUUAGUGGGUGGUUAGCGCGAGAGAGAGGGAAGGAUGUGUGGGUGGGUGAGAGUAUUCACUCGUAUAGUAUGUUCCCAUCAAGAUUCGAGGGUUGCUCUUCUCAAGCUCAAGUUUCAAGUUACGAUAUCGCAGUCCUCGAUGACAUCUUCAAGGAAAACACUCCCUCCCCUUCUCUCUCUCUCUCUUCUUUUUUUUAAAAAUAUUGCUGGAAAGCGAGAAAACAGACCUUUUUCUGCAGCAUUUGUUACAUGCGACUAAGAAGGCUGCGUCUUGUAACUGUUAAAACAUUUCUUGUCAUUCCCACAGAUAAGGUAAUCCAGAGAAGGGAUGGCGAAGCUGAUCUGAAGUUUUUGCGACAGCCACUAGGUGGCUCGUUGAUUGACAGCGUUUCCUUUUUCUAUCUUUUUUGAAAAAUUCGGUCUUAGUCUCUCAACAUAAGCAUAUUCCCAAACCUCUCGCUCUUUUGUACAGAUUUGUUUAAAACAUGUGAUGCUAACUACGUCAGCAAGCAUACUAUAGGGCGUUGGUCUUUUUGUUUUUGUUUUUGAGGGAGUUGAGUACUACAUUCUCUGUAAAACUAAUGGCAGAGCGCGGUGAACUAAAGUCGAUUUUGUACAACACAAGCAAAUCGUUAUGCAUUAUGUUUCCUUGGUGGCGUUUUUCCCCCCUUGGGUCGAAAUAAGCAUAAUUUGAGUAUAACCAGAAGUACAUCCGGGUGAAGAAGUGACAAUUACAGGCAGAAGUGCCCCUUCCUCCCUCCACGCUCAGCCUCCAAAGGAGGACGAGAAGGGAGUAUUCAUAAUUCUUUUGUCUUUAGGGAAGGUGGGUAUGGGGGCUCUAAAAUCAGAUGUGUGUGUACAAGGCAGCUAAGAAGCUCUGUAGUAAUAUGAUAAUCUCUUUCCAAGUGUUUCUCUUUUUGUGUUAUUGUCUUCUGUGUUCGCAUAUAAUAGCCAUAUAUUAUGAUACCACUAUACACAUAUAUAUUACUACUACAGAACUUUUUUUUAUGUCAUUUGAGAAUUGUAUGCUACAUGUGGUGCAGAAUUAUAUUAUUUCUCUACGACAGAUUUAAAAAGUUGCUUUUAUUUUGUAAUGCUGCUUUUUUAAAAACAUCCUUCCGGAACACUGAGUUACCCGACUGUUGCAGAGAAGGGUAGUAAGCUUGAAGGCGUGCAAUACAGUAUUUAUUGCAUAGUAUUCUUCAUGAUAGCGGGCAAGGACACAACAGCAUAUAACAAAAUGUUGGCCAUUGAAUCUGUCCUUUCCUCUGUCUUUAACACUCAAAUUUUUAAUAAUUCUGUACCACACAUGGAUAAUGGAUGCCAUAUUAGACAUUUCAACAUUUUUUGAAGCCGCCUUAGAAAAGCAGUUAUUUUUGCAUAGUCAUUUUUCUAUUUUUAUUUAUUCAAUUAUUAUGCCAUUGAUUUAUUUAUCAUUUGAAACCUUCUUCAUAGCAUGUGUAGAUUUUUUUUAAAGUUUCAAAGAGAGAAUAUGAAUUUUAUGACGAAAUGCGUUACAAAGCUUAUAUACAGAUGGCCAUUAAUUUCACGCUGUUCACUUUGCUCGUUUUCUUUAGUAUUUUGUGUAAAGAUUUACCUGGAGUGAAUAACAGAGAGCAUACUGUUUUUUGGAAACAAGAAGGGCGUGUCGGAUUUGUCAAUGAUUCCAUCGGCAAGAACAGCAGAGGACGUUUACAAGUGUCAGAUACAGACAGGAGGUUACGACACCUGUGAACUUUAUUUUUUUUCUGUGUCUGUUACACUGAAAAAAAGCAGUUUGCUCAGUACUGUUGAGCUACUGCUUGGUACACGUUCUGAUGGUAGAUGGAAAAGCAUUUGCAGCCCAGCUUUCCACUACCUGAGGUGGUGCUAUGUGCAGCUGAGCGGCCAUCUUUAAUCAUGGCCAUCCAUUUUUUUUAUUUUUUUUUUUUUUGGUGACAAGUUUUUGUUGCAGUAUGGUGUUAGCCUGAUUAAUUUUCCCCAUUCUCUAGAUAUUUCAAAGUUUACGUUGCAACAUUUCUUUUCCUGCAUCUUUCCAACCCUCCCCAAACACUUGUCUGUCAGCUGAUUUGAAGACAACAAGAGAACGACAGCCGAUAGCUAACGUUAGAGCGGAAAUAGACAAAAAAUAUAUAUAUACACAGAUAAGGGAAUUUUUAGUACAAUAUCCAAAGUUUCAGUUACCUUAAAUGGUGUUAGGCCACCGGAGCAAAUCACUUCACCUGGUCAUUGCAGCAGCUUUGUACCAAUUAGCCUUUAUGCAUUUCUGACUAAUUCGUUUCUGACUGGUGUCGUGGCCACACACUACAGACAAUAGUAGUUCUUGAUGAGAACUCGUUCAUUUCCUACUUUCUAACUGCCCCUUCAUUCCUUCUUUCCUCACCCAGUGGUGUACAAAUUCAGUUGGACGUCAGAUUGUUGAAGGGGGGAAACACGAAGGGAGGGUCAAGAACGUAGGAGGGGUAGGUAUUGUUUAAACUCGAAGCGGUUAGAGCUCUCGAAGGAUAAUGGCACGAGUGGUAGAGUGUAAAAGUGUAAUAACCUACAGCUAGGUCCUGGUCUCUAUGUGACUUUUUUGGGGAGAAGGGGGGAUACCAGUGUUGCAGAUCACAGUGUCCAAGGUGUUCACGCUUAUUUACCAAGAUUAUCCCUUCCUACAGCAACACACCCUCGUCCAUUCGUGUGGUUCGAGAAAAGUGUAAGAAGAGACGCGAGGGGUUAUUUGCAGAUAUUUGUGUUGCACUGUAUGGUGUGUGUGUAGCUCUCUAUUCUAUCAGUCUGCUUGUUUAGCAUGUAAUGACAUGCAGGAAGUGUGUCUGAGAGAAAAGAGUGAGAGACAUACUAAAGGGUUAGGUGGGUGUUGGUUUGUAAAAACUAGUACUUUGUGUGCUUUUCUGCUCGACUCAUGUCAUGAUGGUUGUGAAGUUACCGACGGGUGAGACAGGGAACCGAGCGGUGACCAGCCUUUCCCCACGUCGGGUGGAGCACGUGUUAUGUGGCACAAAGACUAGAUCUCAAGUUUCUCCAGCCCACCCCAUCUCUCCCUCCAUCUCCACUUCUUUGUGGUGUAAGUAGUAGAGCGAACGCAAAAAAUUUUGCAAUUAUAGGGAAUUCUGUAUGUUGGGCAAUAUGUAGAAUUCAGUAAUUACUCUUUAGAAUUUCAGCCAUAUCUUUAAGUGUGCUGAAGUUACACGAGAAGAAAAUACAAAAUAUAAUAGUGUGUCAUUAUCAUUUUCUCUCCUUCAUCAGCAGUUACUGCUUUCGUCAUCAGUGUCGUUGAAAAGGGAGGAUGGUGGAUUUAAACCUUUUUUUCUUUCUCCUUCCUCAAAGUCACUGAUUUACUGACAAUCUAAACAUUUCCCAAUAAAGACAUAUAGGGAAAGUAAGAGAAUGUAAGAAAAGCUACUAUUUAGGAUCCUAAAUCGUAUACAAAGGUCACUUUGAGUUGUAGGCCGUCAGUCUCCAUGUUCAAACAUGAACAUAAGUCUAGGAAUUCGAUUCGGCUUUUUGUUUGUUUGGGUUUUUGUUGUUUUGCUAAAAACGAGGCUCUUGCGUUUGCCGAGAGACGGCGCAUUUUAAAGAAUGAGUUGACUUUAUAUGACAUUUGAUCGGGCUUUUCUUUUUUUUUUUGAAGCUAACAUCUGCAGUAUUUGUGUGUUUCGUUGACAGGCCCUUAAACUGUGGAAGGGAACGAGCAAACUAAUUGAUGUAGAACAGGAGUGGCCAACGUGUGUUAGAAUAGCAAGUUGAGCGAAAAGUUACAAGAAAAAGGAUUCUCUAUAAAUAUUUUUGCAUGAAAAUUAAAAUUCUGACUAUUCUUUUCUCUGUAUCAUGAGGUUCGCAGUAUGCUUGCAGAUUCAGGUGCAGUAAUAUCGAGGAGCGUGUACACAAGACUAAAAGUAGAAGCAUUCACCAUCUGUCGCAAUCUGUCUUGUGUGGUCCUCGUGACGAUGACAUGCGUAUCUAAACAAUCAUAGGGAAGUGCGCGCAGGAGACACUUUCUUUUCGCUUUCUUUCCUUGGCAUCACCAGACCUACGUUUUGUGGAACCUCUUUUUCUGUUCGAAAAAUAAUGAAAAGCUUCCAAUUUUUGAACUUGUAUUCGCUGUAUCUUUUUUUUUCAACACAUUUUUUUGUGUGUGUUUUGCGCAUAAUUCAUUUCAAGCCCUUCUACAGUAUGCAUUUACAUUCCCCCUACUCCCACUUUUUUUUUUAAAGUUUUAUUUUCAUCCGUUCUCUUCCAAAAAGUGGUGAAAAUUUGGUAGGGUGGACAAAGUAUAGUCUUAUGCGAAGGCUGUGGAGACCGUCUGAAGUUCUUGUAAACUUCUUGUAGGUUCUUGUGUUAAGAUUUGUUUGUUUUUGUGUUUAAAUAUGUCAUCCUUUAAGUGAUGUUCAUCAUAGAUUUUGCUUAUCGCACCAGCAAAUAUUUUUCCUGUUAUUUGCUUUCCCACGAUGAGGUUAUUUGUUGAUUUCUUUCCACGCAUUUCGUACAGGCAGUGAUGCCAUAACAGCUGUUACCUUGAGUUUGAUCGUUGUGCUUAUCGGAACUGUUCAACACCGUGCCUUUCCCUUGUUUUAUUCCCUUGCAGUUUUAUUCUCCCUUUGUUUUUGUGCGAUACUACAAUGCUUAGUUCAGCUUCAUGUAUUUUUUUCUGAUGUGACAGUUAAAAGACAUUAUGAAGUACUUGGAAAACCUCAGUAAAACUCUGUCCAGGAUA